AUGAGCCUGCGUGGGUCAGAGUCUGAGGACGACUUGGCGGCGUUGCUUGAAGCCGAGCUUGCUGCUUCCGACGGGGACACGGGGGUGGAGGAAGCAUGUGCAAGUGACGCACCUGCACCCAAGAAGCCGCGACUAGACAUGGCAGCCGGCACUGUGCCCGCCGCCUCCACCCAGUGCCCUCCCCACCCCGGCUUCAUGGGCGGCAUCUGCAUCCGCUGCGGCGCGCUCAAGGGCGAGGCGGAGGAGCAGGGUGUGGCCCUCACCUACAUCCACAGAGGCCUGGUGGUCAGCAAGCACGAGGCGGAGCGCGUGCGCCAGGGCACCGCCGACCGCCUGCUGGCGCACCGCAAGCUGCUGCUCAUCCUUGACCUCGACCACACGCUGCUCAACUCCACACGCUUCACAGAGGUCCCGCCGCAGGGUGCGGUGACGGAGCAGCGGGAGGGCGGUGAGCAGGCCCUGCGGGCGCAGCUGGAGGCGCAGCCCAAGGGUGCCCCCAUGCUCUACUGCCUGCCCCACAUGCGCAUGUGGACCAAGCUGCGCCCGGGGGUGCGGGAGUUCCUCGAGGCGGCAAAGGACAGGCAAGUGGGGCAAGUGGGGUUUGAGCUGGCUGUGUACACCAUGGGCGACCGCGACUACGCCGGGGAGAUGGCCAAGCUGCUGGACCCGGCGGGCUCGCUGUUCCACGGACGCAUCAUCUCCUCGGGCGACUCCACGCAGCGGUACGUCAAGGACCUGGAUGUGGUGCUGGGGCGGGAGCGGUGCGUGCUGAUCCUGGACGACACAGAGGGGGUGUGGCCGCGGCACAGGGACAACCUGGUGCAGAUCGAGCGCUACCUGUACUUCCCCGCCGAUGCGGCGCGCUUCGGGUUCAGGAGCCAGUCGCUGCUGGAGCGGGCGGUGGAUGAGGAGGGGGGCGGCGGGGCGCUGGCCACCUGCCUGCGGGUCAUGUCGGGGGUGCAGCAGCAGUUCUUCGAGCAAGGCGACCCUGGCGCCGCCGACGUGCGGCCGCUGCUGGGUGCGGCCAGGAGGGCGGUUCUGGCGGAGUGCCGCCUGCUGUUCAGCCGGGUGAUGCCGCUGGACUGCGCCGACCCGUCGGCGCACCCGCUGUGGCAGCUGGCGCUCAAGCUGGGCGCCGAGUGUGUGCGGGAGACGGGGCAGGGCGUGACGCAUGUGGUGGCAACUGACACAACUGACAAGACGCGCUGGGCGUGCGGCCAGGGCAAGCAUGUAGUGAGCCCCAGCUGGCUGUGGUGCUGCGCCUACACCUGGCAGCGGGCUGACGAGGCGGGGUUCCCAGUCAAAGCCGGGGGCGACGCUGCAGCAGCGCGGGCGGCAGCGCCCAGAUCAGAGGCAGAAGAUGUCGCGCAAGCAAUGGCCGCAGCAGGCGGAGGUGCUGCAGCAGACGUGCCUCCUCCCGCCGAGGAGCGGGCGCAGCCGGCUGCGGCUGCUGCGGGCCUGGGGAAGAAGGCAGCGGCAGGCACGGAGGAUGCGACACCAGGCGACGAUGAAAACACAGGGCAGCGAAAUGGACCGGUUUGA